AUGCAACCCGAAGGAAGCACCAGGGCUGGGAUCCUGCCAGGUUGCCUAAGCCUAGACAGGGGAAGUCGAGAGGCAGAGGUCGGGUUCGAACCACGGCCAUUCCGAUCAAUUCCUCGAACAAAGGGGGCGAGAUGGACCAAGUGGUUAGAGCGCGAAUUUACUGACCGGAAGGUUCGUGGUUCGAACCCGACCUCUGCCACUCGACUUCCCCUGUCUAGGCUUAGGCAACCUGGCAGUAUCCCAGCCCUCGUGCCUCCUUCGUGUGGCAUGGCAGCUAGGCACCGAAAGGGCGCUACAGCUGGACGACUUCCUCCGAACAAAACAGGACUGAUUGCUUUGUCCGCAUUAAGAUGUUCUGGUUCCGUAAACAUAUAA